AGACUAAACCAUGGCAGCUGUUCAACAGCUCUCUCUCCAGACGCGUCCAUGUGUCCAGUGCAUGGCUGUUUGUUGUCUAAAGUGCUGUUCCACUAAACCUUAUUUUUUCAAUGUGGAUCAGUAUCAUCCUUACCAACACUCUGUAUACUACCUGGCCGCCUCCGAUCAGCAGUGAAUCCAAGAUAACCAACAUUCACGUUUGGGCAUUAACAUCUCACUGAUCGAGUGACGUUGUGUUUAACCAUACGUGGGGUCAUCCGCGCCCUUAUUUCUGUCGAUUCUCAUAUUUUCGCCCAUACUGUGUUUCGUCGAUGGUAUAAGUGCGGUGUGGCAGUGCGCGCAUCCUUUCCCUCCUCUCUGCUCCUCCUCCUCCUCGUCCGUUCUCCAUAUAUGGUUUGCAGCCCUGCCAUUCGCCAUGGUCACUUCUGGAAUGGUCAGAAAUUUGGAUAGCAUCCCUUAUGAUGUAUUCUACCAAGUGGCUUCUACCCUCGACUGUCAAGACCUCAUUCAUCUUAGCCGCGUUAACCGAACAUUAAAUCAGUUGGUGCAAAAUGAAUCAAUUGCGCGCAAGACAAUCCAAAAUGAUUUACUGCAUACGAAGGAAGGACAACAGGCACAUCAGGCCAAGACUGGAUAUCGCAGGGCUCUCGGGCGCCUGUUCGACAUCAAGGAAUCAUUCGCAACAGCACAACCGUACUCUGCUUCCAUUCUGGCUUAUGCGAGCUCCUUCAUCUACAGUGAGGGCUGUCUCAGCUACAUCUACAACGAUGAAAUCCGCGUUCUAGACGUGCACGGUGCCAGCCAAGUUGAGCAGGUGCUGAACAUCCACAACGUCCUAUCCCGGGCUAUCCAAGGGUGCAAUCCACAGACAGAUACGUUCCAGGUCUGCCUCAUGUACUACAGUAACUGGGUUCUGGCAUUUACAGUGGAGUUUGUAGACAGACCCGAAGCCUGGCUUCUGGUAGUGGACAUGCGACGCAAAGUGACCAACAAGAAAUGUGGUCGACUCCGUCUCCUGACUCGGCUUCAACACACACGACGAUUAUUUGUUCGACACAAUGGCUCCUAUCUGUACUACGGAACGCACACCGCCAUGGGGGAUCGUGGCUACUCACAAUGGGCAAUCCACUGUGUGGAUCUCAAAACAAGCCAGCACAUGACUGAAAAGCCAACCGUGCUGGAAAACUUCGCCGGCAGCGAGAUUGGGCAGACCGUAUGUUUUGAAGUUCAUCAGGACCACCUCUACGCAGUGUCAACGCUCGUUGACUUUGAAGCGGAGGAGGUCGAUUGGACCUCGUACUACGUGUGGCUCUGUCUUCCCCCCAAGUCCAACGCCGCCAAACGAUUCAUCACGCCCAACCGUACUUGGCGUCGUCAGCAUCGUGAAGGCCCGAUCAAUGACACCUGGUCGGAUCUCACGCUGCGCCAGGAUGAGGCAACCAAGCGACUGAUGAUCCUCGAAUGCCGCCGGGAAUGGCGCGAUGGUAGGAGUGAAAAUGCACGCACAUAUUACAUGCAGCCUUUACCGUCCCCAGCCGAAGCCACUCAGAAUAAGCAGCAAGGCUUGCAUUCCACGCCCAACGCAACGCCUGUCACCCUCCCUGACGAGCCUCUCACCAGAACCCUCGACUCCACCAGCAAACCCAAUUACGAACCCCCGCGUAAGCGUCUACGCCGGCAUUUCCACCAGGAAUACGCACACGGCGCGGAACCGGCCCAACGACAAGACUACAUUCUUGCCAAAACCAAAUUCCGCAGCUACAACCUCUCCGCUUCGACGUUUAUCGAUCUGGUCAACGACCCCUCUCCGGACACCCCCGGCAGCUUCAUCCCCCAUGACCGACUCCGUGUGCGCAUGGUAUCACGCAAACGCAAAUGUCCCAUUGACGAGAACGGGGACGAAGGCGAACCGGGCCUGCUCUUCCGCCCCGAACUCAGCGAUGCGGAUGGCCAGCCGAUUGAGCACAGCGAAGAACGCUACGCCUCACGCGGGGUCCGUCUGUGGCCCCCCGACAACGCCCCGCGGGAAUUGACUCAGCUCCUCUGCCCAUCGAAGCGCUGUGGCCCCGUUCAGGCAGCCGCCGACGAACGGUCCCUCGUGUACUCGGUUGAUCAGGAAGGCCUGGAAGGGACCGGACAUCAGGCGAUUGUGCUGAUCAAUUUCGACCCGUCGCUACGCCUGCCCGGCUUACAGAGCAUGAAUCUCACCCGUGGUGGAGCAGGCGCCCUGCCAGCGGACGAGUGCGAUGCCCCAGUAGGCAUGGAGCGACCAGCCAUCGGAGAUAUCGGACGCGAACGGGUGGGCGUGCACACAUUAAUCGGCAGUCGAAGGGCGAACCAGCCGGUGCCAUCUGUCCGUGAGGAACAGGCCCUGUAUCUUUCUAUUCGACGGGGGUAUUGGCUUCGGUAAGGGUGUGAUGAGUUUGAGUCGAGUUGCACUGCCCUUGGCACCGGACGAGGCUGUGCAAGGGUUUUGCCGGUGCGUGCCUAGUUAGCAGCAAGUGGGUUUUACUCUUGUCUGAGACAGGGGUGGGAACACACACACACACACACACAUACACACUACCAAACAUACCAUAAUAUCCUAGAAUAGACGAUUCAGAUGAUAAUGAG